UAUAGUUUCAGUUCGUGCAUUGAACCAGAUAUAGCUUCUUUCAUUGGAGUGAAUAUAUUUAAAAUGCUAAAGCAUCGUGGUGCUUGUCUGCAUCUUGUUCAGAUCAUCUUGAUAAAUUUAAUAGAUGUAGAUCCUGCUCACACUGUCAUUAGUCUAUGGUAUUUUGAUGGAUCCUAUUAUUAUCCUCUGGAGAAUUCAAGAAAUGAGGAAUCCCAGAAAGUUACAGGUCCGUUUCAAUUCCAACCCAAUGGCGGCCUGUCACCCUUCAAGCAGACAAAUGGCGGGAAAAGAGUUUAUUUGCCCAGAUCUCAACCUGUGGAUCCUCCAAAUUUUAAUCAAUCAACACUAGUAGGAGUGGCUGGACCUUUCGAGCCAACCAAAAAUGGAGGGAUGGCUCCUGUAUUGCAAAAAGAAUCAGAAAAGGUUCAGACAAGAAUGGGUACCAUUUCGGUAGAAAACCCAAAAGGACCUUUUGAACAAAGCAAGAAUGGAGUGGUGGCUCCUGUGUUGCCAAAUCAAUCAAACACACCGCAGCAAAGUGUCCAUGGUGGUCCAUGAUGUACUGGUCCGUGGUGCAGUGGGGAGGUUGACAGUAAGAAUAGAUACGAAGAGGGGUAUAAUUAUUUGAAAUAAACUUGCACAUAAGAAUAAAUUAGAAAAUUCCUUUA